AUGUCCUCGUCUACUACUCGUUUUGCUGCCGACUAUGCAAAGAGAGUGGCCGGAUGCAGGAAAUGUAAGCUGCAGCUGCCGAAAGGGGAGAUGCGCCUUGCAAAGAUUAUACCAAAUCCAUUUGUGCAAAACACAGAGGGGCCUCCUCCAGAUAUGAAGCAGUACUAUCAUCCUCAUUGCUUGUUCGAAAUGUUUUUCAAGGCACGUGCAAGCACCAAGGUUAUUGAGAGUACGGAUGAUAUCGAAGAAUGCAAUAGUGCUUUAGGUUUCGGCGAUCUAAGGGUAGAGGACAAGGAAGUAAUAUUGAAAUUUAUCGAUGAGCUGGACGAAUUGCGUGCUCAAAAAGAAGGUGGAACAAAGAAGACUCCGAGGAAGAUGGGAAAUACCUCACCUGCUAAGAUCUCCACUUCAGCGACGGAAACUAUUGCGCAGGAAACGUCAGAAGGGUCUAAAGACCAAGGCGCAAAAGAAAAGCACUCAUCCAGAAGAAAAAAUGCGGAGAAAGUUGCGCUGGAAAAGGAAGUCAGUGGCGCUGCAAAGCAAGGUAUAGAAGCCAACGAAGACUCAAAAUAUAACUCUUUUAAUAAGUUAUGCGAUGUUAUAGCAUCAUUGUCUAAGUAUACUGAUAAAUCUGCAGCUGUAAAGAUGUUCAUCACUCGAGAUGAUUACGAUGGUGAUAUGCUCACGCUCAUACGUCUUCUUUUGCCUAGUGUUGAUCAGAGAGUCUAUAAUGUCAAGGAGAAGCAAAUUAUCAACCAUUUUGCGACGAUCGAUCGUUGGCUGAAUAAGCUUACAGAGUUGAGUAAGGACGACGAACAGAUUGCACAUCUGAAGUUCGCUGCGAAACGGUUGGCGUUGUACUUGUACUAUAUCACUGAUUUUCUACAUAGUUUGAUGCUUGUAAUACUUAUUGAUACCUUGUCUCCAGUGGAAAUACAAUACCUUCUUCGUUUGGUCAUGAAGGACCUUCGCAUCAAUGCAGGGGUGAAGCAUAUAUUAGAUGGACUGCAUUCUUCGGCCUACGAAGCAUUUCAGAAUUGUCGUGAUUUGGCAGAAAUAGUUGAAAGGCAAGUGUGCAAGAAGGAUCAAUUCGCCAAAGUACCAUCUGUGGUUGAAGUCAGCAUACGCUUAGGAACUCCAGUACUGCCUAUGCUAGCUGAACCGUGCAAAUCGGUCGAACAAGCAAUGAAAAGAUGCAUCAAUGGGAUGUUCGCGGAGAUAAAAUAUGAUGGUGAAAGAGUUCAGAUUUCUCACCUGGAGAAUGUCAUACCAAAGGCGUUUCCUAAGGCGUCGGAGUUGAUAAUUGAUGCCGAGAUAAGUAGUUUAAUCUCUGAGGCCUGUGAAAUGAUUACAUUUCAGAUUCUGCUUGUUGACAAUGCGACGGGUAAGCCGUUGCCAUUUGGAACGUUGGGUGUACAUAAGAAAGAGAAGUUCAAAGACGCUUCUGUAUGCUUGUUCGUGUUCGAUAUUCUGCUGUACAAUAAUGAAGAUCUGAUGAUGAGGCAAGUUAUUGGCAACGAUUUCAAGAAUUCCUUACUAAAAUCCUUAUCAGAACGGAAGAAAUUGCUGGAAUCCCAAAUGAUGGAAGUUAAGAAUCGUGUCGUGAUGUCAAACUACCAACUCAUUCGCAAUGGAGAUAACGGCACUUUGAAAACAAUGAUUUGGAAAGCAAUUGAUGAGGGUCUAGAAGGACUUGUCUUAAAAGACACUAAAUCAAUUUAUGAGCCAGGAAAAAGGCACUGGCUGAAGGUAAAAAAGGAUUACUUAGAGGACGGACGAAUGGCCGACACGGCUGACCUUCUUCUUCUUGGAGCAUACUUUGGAACUGGCAGUAAAGGAGGUACAAUGUCAGUAUUCCUGAUGGGCGUCUACGACUCAGAAUCGAGCAGUUAUCGUACAGUGACGAAGUGUGGUAAUGGCCACUCAGACGACGAUCUAAAUGCAAUUAAUGAAGAGUUGAGAAACAAGGACCUAUCGCAGGUGACUCGUAUUGACCGUGACUACGAUCGUCUACCGAAAUGGUUAAGGUGUUCUCGCAGCCUUGUGCCAGAUUUCGUGAUUGUUGAUCCAGAAAAUGCUCCUGUGUGGGAAAUCACAGGUACGACAUUGUUUAACUUUUUUUCUUUUGAAAUUCUAAAAUUUGCACGUGAAAAGCCGUACGUGGAAAUAAAAUCGACAAAGAGGAGGCAGUGCAGCACCCGUGUAUUGAUCGGCAUUUGUUGGUCGAAAACAAGCUUUUAUUGGAAAUGGGAGACUAGAAAACGCAGAGUGAUUAUGAGUAUAGCGAUAUUAUGA